GAACGAUGUAAACAACGGGGAUCUAAGCUGCAGGUCUUUGGAGGAUAUAAAACUGGUGAUGGAGUAUGCCAAAAUAGACCCAGCCGAAGUUAAGCCUGCAAUCCAGUCCAUCUGCUUUUCAGAGGAGUUGGACAAUGAUGCUGUGAAGUUAUUGGAAGUGGAUGAUUCGGUUCUGACAGCUCUUGAAGCUGGAGAUGAGUUGGUGAUUCGAGGAGAGAAGACGGAAGGUGCUGUACUAUGUACUGGCAGUAAAACAUAUGACAUAAAGGAAGCAGAAAUAUCCAACUGCAUGCUGCUACUACCAGAGAUGGCAUUGAGUCAUGAUUUACCAGACAAGGGUGAUCCAAAUGUCAGUUAUAGACAGGUGACCUCAGUAUUACACAACUACUUUGAGCUGCGGCCAUGUAAACCUAAGGUAAAGAAGCUAAAGAUGUUACUGGAAAAAAAUAUGUACAAUGGCAAAGAGUGUGAGGAAGAUGAGGAUCACAUGGAUGAGAAAUACACGUUUCAAGAUCUUCUGAAUUUAGUACAAGCAAGUGAAGCAGAGAUCACAGCAGCUCUGAAGAAACUACAGGCCUGUAACCUUGAGGGAUAUUGGCGUGUAUUGCAUUUUGACUUCUUAACCCAAGUACUUAACCAUAUCAUACAGCUGUCAGAAGAGAAUGACUGGCUGCGGAAUGGUCUCCCUUUAGAAGACUGCUGUCAAACAUUAGAGGAGCUCUUUCCAAGGCCAGUUAUAGAACAUGUUGUUAAUUGUUAUGCAGACAAAAUGUCGUCACCAGCUAGUACAGAAGAUGAUGACUCCCGCAUGGAAAUAGAUACAGCCUUUUACACAUUGAAUGAAGACAAAAUUUGCAGAUUUUUUGCAGAGCUGUGCCUUCGAAAUUCUGGAAAGUUUAACCUGCAAGAAUUUCUGUCUGUUUGGGAGCAGAGUGUGCCAUCAGGGAUGAAGACGUAUCUCCAUCAAGUAGAGGGGAUGACACUGAUUGACCGCAGCAGUAAGCCUGAAGUUAUAUGGUACUUCCCUGUUGAAAAUCUCCCGGAGGAUGUCGGAGAGCGUUUUGAUGCUUUGUUUCGGACUCGAGAGAAGUGGACCUUAGAUGAAAUUUCUCCAUUUGUUCGUGACCUGACCACAGCGAAAGUAGAUGUAGGAGGAUUACUGCUCAAGUAUGCUCGCUCUUCAUUACAGAACGGUAUCAAGGUGUUCAACUCCAGAAAAAUGGUCUCAUGAAAGAUGUGAUAUUUAUCUUUUGGCUUCAAAGUAGCACUCGUCCCCAUUACAGGACUGAAAAUUGUUGAACAAUUUGAAGUGUGCUAAACUAAAUUGUUACUGAUGGGAAAUAAAAUAAACAAAAAGAAA